CUGCGGAAUCGCCGUUUGACCCCGGAAGUGUGGAAGCUCCGGGAGCUGUCACCGGGAACAGAGGCGGCGGCGGCGUUACAGCGCCAGUGGUGAAGCCGCCGAGGAGGGUCACGCAGCACAAUGCCAGCUCUGCCCCUGGAUCAACUCCAGAUCACCCACAAGGACCCGAAGACAGGAAAGCAGAGGACUUCACCAGCCCUGCACCCCGAGCAGAAGGCAGACCGGUAUUUUGUGUUAUACAAACCACCCCCUAAAGACAACAUUCCCGCCCUAGUGGAGGAGUACCUGGAACGCGCCACCUUCGUAGCCAAUGACCUCGACUGGCUCCUGGCCUUGCCUCACGAUAAAUUCUGGUGCCAGGUAAUCUUUGAUGAGACCCUGCAAAAGUGCCUGGACUCAUAUCUGCGAUAUGUCCCCCGUAAGUUCGACGAGUGGGUGGCCCCGACCCCUGAGGUUGCUGAAAUGCAGAAGCGCCUACAUCGGAGUAUUUUCCUCACCUUCCUCCGCAUGUCCACACACAAGGAAUCCAAAGAUCACUUCAUUUCCUCUCCUGCAUUUGGAGAAAUCCUCUACAAUAACUUCCUCUUUGACAUCCCAAAGAUCCUGGACCUCUGUGUGCUCUUUGGAAAAGGCAACUCACCACUACUCCAGAAGAUGAUAGGAAAUAUCUUUACCCAGCAACCCAGUUACUAUACUGACCUGGAUGAAACUGUGCCCACCAUCCUUCAGGUCUUCAGCAAUAUCCUCCAGCACUGUGGUUUGCAAGGGGAUGGAGCAAGCAGCGCACCCCAGAAGCUCGAGGAGAGGAGCCGAUUGACUCCCAGCGACAUGCCUCUCCUGGAACUAAAGGACGUUAUUCUCUACCUUUGUGAUACCUGCACUACGCUCUGGGCCUUUCUGGAUAUCUUCCCUUUGGCUUGCCCAACCUUCCAGAAACACGACUUCUGUUACAGACUGGCUUCCUUUUAUGAAGUGGCAAUUCCAGAAAUGGAGUCUGCAAUUAAGAAGAGGAGGCUUGAAGACAGCAAGCUGUUGGCUGACCUGUGGCAGAGGCUCUUGCAUUCCAAGAAGAAGCUAAUGGAGGUUUUUCACAUCAUCCUGAGCCAGAUCUGCCUCCUUCCUAUCCUAGAAAGCAGCUGUGACAGUGUUCAAGGCUUCAUUGAAGAAUUCCUUCAGAUCGUUAGCUCCGUGCUACAGGAAAAGAGGUUCCUUCGCGACUAUGAUGACCUCUUCCCUGUAGCUGAAGACAUCAGCUUGCUGCAACAGGCCUCGUCAGUCUUGGAUGAGACACGCACUGCCUACAUCCUCCAGGCAGUGGAAAGUGCAUGGGAAGGAGUGGACAGACGGAAAGCCAUGGAUACUAAAGACCCAUCGGUGGCCAAGGAUCCUAAUAGAGAUUCUAAUGGGAUCACGGUGACAGCAGAGCCAGCCCAUCAAACACUAUCACAGCUGGAAAACUCAGAGCAAGAGGAGUGCAUUGGAGCAGCUGCCACCCUCGGCCCCACCAUGCAUGGUGUCGAGCUGGACUCACUCAUCUCCCAAGUGAAGGACCUGCUGCCGGACCUUGGGGAGGGCUUCAUCCUGUCCUGCCUAGAGCACUACCACUAUGAUCCGGAGCAGGUGAUCAACAACAUCCUGGAGGAGCGGUUGGCACCUGCCCUCAGCCAGCUGGACCGCAGCCUAGACAGACAGGCAAAGCCAGAUCCCACUCCCCUGCUGACAUCUCGUCACAACAUCUUCCAGAAUGAUGAAUUUGAUGUGUUCAGCAGGGACUCGGUGGACCUAAGCCGGAUACACAAGGGCAGGAGGAAGGAGGGGAACACUCGGAGCCUGCUGAACGACAAGCGUGCAGUGGCAGCGCAGCGGCAGCGCUACGAACAGUACAGCGUGGUGGUGGAGGAGGUGCCACUGCAGCCAGGUGACCACCAUAGUGAGAACUACGAGGAUGAGUAUGAUGACACAUACGAUGGCAACCAGGUGGGCGCCAAUGACGCAGACUCAGAUGACGAGCUCAUCAGCCGUAGGCCCUUCACUAUCCCUCAGGUGCUGAGAACCAGAGUGCCUGGAGAACGGCAGGAAGAGGAGGCUGAAGAGGAGGAGGAGGCUGAAGAGGAGGGCCCCAAGCCUGACCAUUUUGUGCAGGACCCUGCAGUACUGAGGGAGCGGGCAGAAGCCAAGCGCAUGGCCAUCCUUGCCAGGAAGGGGGGGUACCGGCAUGACAGUUCAACAGCAGUAGCUGGCGGGCCCUGGGGCCAUGGACAGAGCCGGGAGACAACACAGGAACGCCGGAAGAAGGAAGCCAACAAAGCAACAAGAGCCAACCACAACCGAAGAACCAUGGCUGACCGCAAGAGGAGCAAAGGCAUGAUCCCUUCCUGAGGCCUCCUGUCCAGCUGGCCCUUCGGGGCUCCCAACUUCAAUUUCACCCUUCAACAGCCUGAGCUUUGCAGCCCCUAGAAGGUCACCUCAUUGCCUCCCAGCCAUCCAUGAGCACCUUCUUAUAGAACACACAGUGCCUUAUCCCUUGGCAGAGGAGCCUAAGGGCCAGUGAGGAACCUCCUCUUCCAGAUGUGCUGGUGGGAAAGGGCAGGGGUCUGGGUCCCAAGACAAAGCCCCUGGACCUCAGAUACCAGACACCACUUCCCUUUACCCCUGGAUGGCAGAAAACCACAUAAAACCAGGUUUUAUGUGUGUUCGGAAACAACACAAGGCCUGCAAAUAAAGUUUCUGACCCUUUCCAGCAACGACCUGUGAUGUGACGUGACCCAGUCCUAUGUCUCAUUCUUCAGUGACAGCUGCCAGCUGGAGGACAAGAGGGCAAAGUGGUCCCUGUGCUCUGUGUUGAACUUUCUUCCUUGCUUCUCCAUUCAACCCCUCUUCGUGUUGCUCUGCCUUGCUGUGUGACCAUGGGCUCAUCAGAACCUUCUCAGCCCCCAAUACCUGCCCUAUGGAAGGAACUGCUUAGGGGUGGGAGGUGUUAUGGCCCUUGCCAUUGUUGCAUUCAGUCCUGAUGCCCUGUGCUGUAGGAAGUAGGUACUGUUUUCAGCCCCAUAAUACAGAUAAGCAAAGUGAAACACUGAAGUCUAAGGUAUCUUCCCAGACCACAGCCAAGAGCUCGCAAAAUUGGGAUUGGACAGUCUGACCUGGGAUCUUCAUGGGUCCUAGACCCCUGUAUAUGAUACUGUCUCCAUCUCAUAGCUGGCCAAGAACAAGUGGCCAGUGGUAGAGUCAAUUCCAGAAUUCAGUGCCUCAUAGUUGUACAUAUACUUUAUGUAACUCUUCAAAAUCCAGUGAUUAAGAAACAAGCAAGGAUACCCAAGGAAGCUCAUGGGAGUUGGACUGAUUCGUCAAUGCUUUCACCCACGUGUGGCCAAUCAGUUGCCAGUGUGGCAACGGCUGCCAGGCCUCUCAGAGUGUCCACUAAUCAACACAGAUGAGAGGGGACAUUUGUUGGGCUGAUCUUGGUCCAGCUUGGCCUGGAGCCCAUCAGGGGAAGCCAGAGCUCACGUGAUGAAUCACCCUGGGUGCUAGUGCCAUUUGUCUGCGUGUAGUUAGAAUAAGCGUGUGAGGCACAGGCAGACAGGCGCUUGAUGGAUUGGUUAUGUUAGGUCAGCCUGCACAAGUGAAAAUCAAUAGCAAUCCCUCUGCGUGUCUUGCCUCUUGGUGUAUUUCAGAUAUGGGGGUGGUGUCCUUCCUGUGGGCUGCAGAAUUAGCCGAGGUCAGCCCCAAGCCAGCCAUCCUGAUGGGCAGCACCAUGACUGUUUCCUCCCAAAGCUCCCUUUUGCCAGGACCAAGCUCCUCAGUCACCGCUCUUGCUCGUCCCUGGCAGGAGGCAAGGGCCUUGGGAGCUGGGAACUUUACCUGCCUUACCUGCUUACACAGCUCUUUGCACCUUUACUUUGUCACCUGUGCCUCCAGCCACUUGGAAGAGGGUUCAGUUUUCCCAGGAGCCUCCUGGCUUAAAGGAUCUGAAAAGAACGUUUUUAACAUUUUUCAGAAAGUAGUGCCAAGCCGAACUUAGGCUCUCUUGAGAAGCUGCUGCUUUCAGCUUCCAGAGCUAAGGGCACCCAUUUGGGAUGCUUUGAAAACAGCUCAGGGGCCAUGCAGAAUGGUGCUCGUAAGCACCCCUUUGCCUCAGGCCCUCGGUAUGCCAUCUGUGAAGUGUGUUGGACCAGACGGAUAGUUUCCUCUUGGUGCCAAUGAAAGCAUGGAAGGAGUUUCCCAGGUUUAAUAUUGGUGGCUGCAGCAUGUUAGGAGUAGGGUCCGUGGGGGCUCUGCCCCUGCCUGUCACUGAAUGCCACCACCCUCACUGCUACUCCUAUGCAGGUAUCCUCUAAGUGCCUUCUCUGUGCCCUGGCAGAGAACAUCAUUAUCAUGGAUGUUUCCUGGGAAGACUAAGAUCUUGUGCCUCAGAGAGCACUUGGGUCCCAGGUGUCUCUAUUUCUAGUCCUACAACAGUGCGGGACAUGUGCAUUGGAACAGAGCUGCUGUGCCACUGUGAAGUGGUGGGGAAGAACUGAUUACUGUUUAUUAAGAGGGACCCAGGAGUCCUUAGAGGAGGCCUGGGCAGGUCAUCUGUCUAGAGCUGGUGGCACAUGAAUGACAGAGUCUGUGUACAUGUCCUUUCUGAGUUGCCUCUUAAAAAUAGCCAGGUACAGCUCGGAGGAGGAAAUGGUUGGCCAGAGCCUACAUGUUGUUGUCACACCAGGAGCUCGGGGGAAAUGGUACUGGGAGGCAAACAAAAAACAAAUAAAGGUCAGUCCACAGAAAAGAAAGGGGCUGUUAUGUAGCCCUUCAAAAUGACUUGGUAGCAACAUGGGAAGCUAACUUCUUUUUUAAAAUAAUAAAUUUUAAUGAAUAAUAAUUUGUGUUCUGUUUAAAAAGCAAAAAAAUAAAAA